CUUGAAGGAUAUGUACAUGUUGGUAAGCUAUAUGAGAUAUGCCAAUGUGUGAAUGUAUGACUAUAAGAAUAUCAAUGUAUUGAUGAAUACUUCGAAACAUAUGUACAUGUAAUAAACUCCAAGACCUAGAACUUACAACCAACAUGGGCGACAAGAAAUCAGAUUCACAAGUCUUUCUCUGGGACCAUCCCAUGUCGUCAUACGCACAGAAGGUCCGACUUGCACUGCGCGAGAAAGGAAUUGCAUUCCAAUUCGAGACACCCAAAGGCAUCGGCACAGGCUACGAGACAUCAACUGACGCCGCGUUCUGGAAAUCCAGCAAUCGCAUCGAAGUCCCCGUGUUGAUCGAUGGCGAUUUAAAGAUCUUCGACUCUACAGUCAUCCUUGAAUACCUGGAGGAUAAAUGGCCGGAGCCGGCGUUGCUGCCGCCACGAGAUCAGGCGGCCGCUAGGGCAAAAGCACGGAUGAUCGAGGAUGUGUGUGAUACACAGUACGAGGCAAUCAAUUGGGCAAUGGGUGAGGUUGGAUGGUUUAAACGUGCAGAGGGUGAGCUGGCGGAGAAAUUGAAGGCUCAGGCUGCGCAUCAGACCAGGCAGAUUCAAGAUUGGCUGGCUCAACAGCUUGGAUCUAGUGAAUGGUUUGGUGGUGAUAGGUUUGGAUGGGCUGACGUUUGUGUUGCUCCUAUGCUCAAUCGUUCCGUGCUUGCUGGUAUGGGUCCGGAGCCGGGGAGUCCACUGGCAAACUGGCAUGCGAGACUGUGUCAGAGACCUGCAGUGCAAGAGACGUUCAAUGAAGUUGCCGCGGCGAUUAAAAAUGCCGCCGGCUUGGGCGACGCCUUGAAGAAGGGUCUUCUGAAACGUGAGUAUAGAGAUCAUCGCCUUGAGUGGAUGGUCAAGUCGGGGGGCAUAGAGAUUGUUUUGGAAGGGCUCAAGAAAGAUAAUAUCAGGUUUCAAUGGCCUGAUCCUCUACCUUGA